AUGUUGUUUUUAUUCAGUUUAUUUGUUUCAUCUACUAUUGUAGCAAUUGACAUUGGAUCAGAGCAUAUGGCUAUUGCUGCAAUUUCGCAAGGAAAACAUGUUGAAAUUAUCAUGAAUCAAUUUAGCAAAAGAUUAACACCAAGUAUCAUAUCACUUCAAUCAAAUUUACCACUAUCUGCUGAAUAUUCAGAAAGUGUAGAUCGUAAAAUUGGUGUUUACGCAAUUCCGCAGCUUGAAAGAAAUUCUUCAUCCGUAAUUCGAAACUUUCCGCAAACAAUAGGACGUAUUUGCGACGAAAAACUCGAUACACUACUUAAAAAUAGAUGGUAUGACUUCCAAUUCAUAAAUAAUCGCGUAAAUGGAUUAGAAACUCACAUUUCUUUAGCCAUGAUGAUCGAAGAAGCGCUUAUAUUUGCACAAGAGCAACUCAAUAUACCUAAAAUUAACGAUAUCGUCAUCACUAUUCCAUCAUAUUUUUCAGAUAGUCAAAGAACUCAGUAUUUAGCAGCAGCGAAAUUACUUGGAUUGAACGUAUUACAAAUAUAUGAUGAAAAGGUAUCCUUUGCAACAUUUUAUUCUGUCGAAAAAACAAGUUCUUUCCGAAAUACUCCGAAAACUGUUGGAUUUCUCGAUUUUGGAGCCGGAAAACUAUCAUUUUCAGGCAUGAAAUUCACACAAUCAGGUACAAAGACUGUUGUCGAUGACCUAGAAUACUACUGGAAUGAAGAAAUCGGAGGAAUUGAUUUUGAUGUAGCCAUUGCAAAGGCAAUAAAGCAAAAAUACCACAUAGAAAACGAUUCUUACCAAUUACUAACUACAGCACAGAAAGUUAAGCACCUUCUUACGCUUUCUGACGAAGCAAAUGUUUCAUCAGACGCAACAAGCGAAAGAAUCAUAUUUACAAGGUCCGAAAUGAACGAAGCAGUUCAACCAAUACUAGAGAAAAUCGAUAAAUUCAUUGAUCAGGUCAAACUCGAAUACGAUUCGAUCGAAUUACUCGGUGGAGCCACAAGAAUUCCUGCUUUCAUUGAACAUGUAGAGAAGAAGAUAGGAAACACUUCCCGCACCUUAAAUAGCGACGAAGCUCUUGUUACAGGUGCUGCUUACGCUGCAGGUCUUCAAACAAAGAUUUUCCACUCACAACCAGUCGUAUUCCACAAGAAACUCCCUUAUGAUGUCAUUCUUUCCCUUCCUGAUAAGAACAUUACGUUAUUCAAAAAAGGAAUUUUGAUGUCAAAGGUGAAAUCGGCCAAAUUCGAUGUAGUCAACAAGUUCUCAUUAAUAUAUGCAUCACCUAUACCUUUAGGAGCAUCAAAAGUCUUAGCAACAUGGGAUAUAAUUAUAGAUGACACUGUUUCAAGGCAAAUGAAGGCAUUGAUCAAAUUUAAGUUCGAUGAUAAUGGUAUUCUUGUGAUUGCCGAGAGCAAAGUUGCGAAAAUCACAAAUGGAAAUGCUUAUAUUAACACAUUGACUCUUAAAUUGGUCGAUACUCCAUUUGAUGACUCAGAUUAUGCUAAUGAUAUGAACAAAGCGUUCAUUGCUGCAUUAACAUCAUAUACAAAGAAGAAUCGAAUAAUUGCAAAGGCGAAAAACGAUUUCGAAUCACUUUUGUAUGAUGUAAAGAACGGAUUAGCCGGAGACUAUCUUAAAUGCAUGCGACAAGAUGAAAAAGACGCAUUAGAAAGAGUUUUCAAAGUCUGUGAAAACUGGGCUAAAUCAGUUGCAAAUGCAACAGAAACAGAAUACAAUGAAUACAGAACUAAACUUAAUGAACUUGCACAACCAAUCAAGAAGAGAUUCCAGAUAAGAGAGAGUCUUAAAGAAGCAAUCACUCUCCUCAGAAGUACAAUCAAAGAAGCAGACAAAGCAUCAAAGAACUGCGAAAUCAGACAGGAAAUCAAACAAACAACGAGUUUCCUUAAAGAAUGGAUAAAGACUAAAUUAGAAAAUAUCCCUCCAGAAGGACCAUCAUUCACAGUCGAAGAUGUCGAGCAAAAGAGAUAUUUGCUCCAAUCUCUUAUGUCAUCUUGUCAGAAUAAAGAAUUGUAA